CCGUCCUGUUUGCUUCCGUUGCAGAACGGAAAUAGCCAGGUAGUAACAUUUGGAGGUGACCGAAUGGUCGGCUUGUGAAUUCUUCGUGUUUCGGUGGUAUUGCAUGCUAGACUUUAUUGUAUAUAACAAAGAGAGCUUUCUGCCGCCAUGGGAUCUCAUCUUGUGCGGAGCUAUGUCACCGAGACGGACACAACACCCGACCCUGCGAAACCUUUCACAUCGGACCCAACAACGGGCUUCGAUGACAGGACAGAGAGAGAAAUGGUUGCCACGCAGGACCAGAUGAACCUGGCGAUGCUGCCGUUGGAACAGCGAGACUAUUGCGCUCACCACCUGAUCAAACUGAUGAAGUGCAAGAGGGACAACUGGCCCAACUUCCUGGCCUGCAAGCACGAGAGACACGACUGGGACUACUGCGAGCACCAGGACUACGUGAUGAGGAUGAAGGAGUACGAACGUGAGAGGAGACUUCGUCUGAGGCAGAAGAGAAUCGAAGCGCAGCCAGCAUAAUGUCUCACGAUGCAGGCACAAACACAAACACACACACACACACAGAUAUAUGUUUCUCUUCAGUCUCUGUAUAUACCUGCUCUAAAAAUGAACUCCAAUAAAUAUGACGAGCCUUGGAUUUA